AGUUUGAAUUCAGAGCGGUACCAGUGCGAUUCAUUGAACAAAGUAUAACUGUUAUAUACUGUGCUGUGCGACUCAGUGAAAUACACAUACUUAACGAUUAUUUAAUUCACCAGUGACUUUUUAAAUUCAAAUACAAAGUGAUUUAAAUUGUAAUCGUUUUAUUCUUAUAAUUUAUUUUCGUAUUAAUUGUGCGUGUGACCAAAGUUGACAACUUUAUUGCGGAAAUGGUUGGAAGAACAGCGAUCGGCAUCGACCUGGGUACCACCUAUUCUUGUGUGGGUAUCUGGCAACACGGAAAAGUAGAGGUCAUCGCCAACGAUCAAGGAAACAGGACCACCCCGAGUUAUGUGGCGUUUACCGACACCGAACGGUUGAUCGGCGACGCGGCCAAGAACCAGGUAGCAAUGAACCCCGUCAAUACGGUGUUCGACGCCAAACGGUUGAUCGGUCGUCGAUUUGACGACGACAAAACGCAAGGCCCAGAGGUACACCUAAGAUCGAGGUUGACUUUCGAUAUGGACGCCAACGGUAUCUUGAACGUGUCGUCCAAGGACAACAGCUCUGGCCGCUCCAAGAACAUCGUCAUCAAGAACGACAAGGGCCGCCUGUCUCAGGCCGAAAUCGAUCGUAUGCUUAGCGAGGCCGAACGAUACAAGGAAGAGGACGAGCGACAAAAAGUUAAGAUCGCGGCCAAGAAUCAGUUGGAGAGCUACGUGUAUGGUGUCAAACAAGCGUUGGACGAAGCCGGCGACAAGCUGACCGAGUCCGAAAAGAACACAGGGAAACGGGAAUGCGACGCGGUCAUUCAGUGGUUGGACAACAAUCAGUUGGCAGACAAAGAAGAGUACGAGUACAAACUAAAGGAAAUCCAAAAGAGCUGCUCGGCUCUAAUGAUGAAGAUACACGGUGCAGGACAACCCGGUAAUGCGUCUCACCCCGGUGCUCAUGGUUUCCCUGGGCCCGGCUCCGGAGGACCAACCGUCGAAGAAGUCGAUUGAUUCAUUUGACAAUGUAAUUUGAUUAUAUAUAUUGUAAUUUUAGGUACUAUUGUAAACUGCUUCCUACAUUCUGAUUGUAAAUAGUAUUAUAUAGGUAGAUUUAAUUUGAGACUGAUUUUUCUUUUGUUAUAUUAUACCUACAUUUUUGCAAAAUAAAUAUUAUUUAUUACCUGU